UGCAUUCAGGACCAGAGGACUUGGCGGCGAUGAGCGCACUCAUGGACGGAAACCCGAUGCUGUCGGAUGACAGUUCCGAGGAGGAUGAGCCCAUCGCCAUACCGACACAACAUACUGCGGCUCAUGUCGGCGGUGACGUUGACAUGGGUGGUGGAGCUGACGAGGACGAGGACGAAGACAUGGCGGCAGCAGACGAUCCCACUGCUGGCAAACAUCCAAAGCUCCGACGCCUGUACGCUGCGGCGCGCAAAGAGCCAUGGAACAUCGACGCGUGGUUGAGUGUCAUGUACGAAGUACAGCAGAGCUUUCAGCACGUGGAGGAAGCCCGACCGUUCUACGUGCUCUUUCUUGAACAAUUCCCGACUUCGGCCUACUGGUGGAAACAAUAUGCUGACCACGAGUGGCGCGCGAACCAACUGGAGAACGUCCGCGCGAUCUUUACGAAGGCGUUGCAGGAGAUCAAAUUGCCUCAUGUCGAGUUGUGGGCCUUUUACCUCCAGUUCACCAAGAGUACGGUGAUGGACGUGCUGACAGAAGCGAACUCCCCCGAGGAUAAGAAGCGCGCGCGGCAGCAGAUGACAGAAGCUUUCGAGUCUGCGCUGGACCGAGUCGGCACGUCCAUCCAUUCGAAUGGCAUUUGGACACAAUAUCUCCACUUCCUCAAAGACGACAAGGAACCGACCGCCAUCUUCUCCAUCCGCAAGGUGUUCCAGCGCGCUCUCCCUAUACCCAUGCACAACCUGGAUGCGCUCUGGAAGGACUAUGAGCAAUUUGAAAAGUCGAUUCCGAACAACGAAGCGCUCGCGUUGAACGUAUUCAAGGUUCUGCGGCCCAAGGUCGACGCUGCGAAAGCCAUUUUCAAGGAUCGCAAGGCGCUCGUGGACCCGAUCGAUCUCGACGCGCUGCCGUCGCGCACCAACACGGAUCCACAGAUUGACGCGUGGAACAAAUGGAUCGAGUUCGAACUGGCCAACCCAGAACGCGUCGAGCGCCCCAAGUGGAAGGCCAAAGUCCGGUAUGUCCUGGAAGCGUGCCUUGCCUGCCGACGGUACUCGGCCGAAGUCUGGUUCCAGUACGCGAUGCUCGAGCUGCCAGAUGUGGCAGCCACGUCCGCCAUCUUCCAGCAAGCACUGGAAGCCAUGCCCGAAUCGUGUCUGCUUCGAUUUGCCUAUGCCGAUCACUUGGAGAGCCACGGUCUCGUCGACGAUGCUCGCGCCGUGUACGAAUCCUUGCUCGAAGCGACGGCGUCUCCCAUCGGUUACAUCACGUACAUGCGGUUCGCUCGCCGUGCGUUCGGCAACAAGGGCUUGGAUGCGUCGCGACAGAUCUUCAAGCGGGCACGGCGGGACCCGCGGGAAGGCGCAUGCACGUACCACGUUUACACUGCUGCCGCCCUGCUCGAGUUCCACAGCGGUGUCGGCGACGAAGGCAAGCAGAUUGCACUCAACAUCUUCGAGUUGGGGCUGAAGAAGCACAUCCACGAACCUGACUACGUCCUUUCCUACGUUGAUUUCCUUGGCCACACCAACGAUGACAAUAACAUGCGAUCCCUGUUUGAAAAAGUGCUCAGUGUAAUCCCGGCCGCCGUGUCCAAGCCCGUGUGGGACCGGUUCAUUCGAUUCGAGCAAACGAUGGCGACCAACGGCGGCGACCUCACGUCCGUCGUCCGCCUCGAGCAACGAAGGGCGGCCGCGUUGCCCGACGAUAUCACGACCAAAGGACUCCUCGGCACCGUCGACCGAUACGUGUGGAUGCACCUUCUCGACACGUCCAAGUCUGACGAACUCUUCUUUGCCACCUAUGGAUCGACCUUCCAUUCCACGUCGGGACACUCGGCGUCCUCGCAACCCACGACGAACACAACGCUAUCAGGCUCCAUCAAGUCGUCGGUGCUCAAAUCGUCCGACAUGAUCUACCACGGCCCGCCCCUUCCCGACUUUCUCAAGGCAUUUGCCGCCCAACUGCCCCUCGGCGUCACGUGGAACGGACCGGUGGCGGACCCGGACAUGGUGUUCCAAGCCCUCUGUUAUGCAGAAUUCCCGUCGCGAGAAGAAAUCGAGCGCUUGGACGCGUUGGACGGCGGAGAAGGCAAUGGAAAUGUCUUGACCAAGCGACCGACACACGACGUAUUCCGCGACCGACAAAAGCAGCGACUGGCCAAGUUAAGUUAAAGCAACCGGGCCAGCUUCGCACGGAGGGAGUUGGGACUGGGGGUCGCUGACGUCUAGGUGAACGCGCUCUCUUAAUGUCACAACAAUGUCGCCACCUCUCAUGCGUCGCUGCA